UCGAUGGCAACGAAAAUUAGAAUGGAUCACGUUCAAAGUGACAUCGAACUGCAAGUCGACAAUCCAUUGAAAAACGCGGCAAACUUAAUUGAAUGGAACGUUGACAUGAAAGUAACCGUGUCCAACGUAAAAAAGUCAAAGAUGUUCCAAAGAUUCCAUACGAUCAUUCUUUUCCUUUUAGCGAUUAUCUUCGCUGUUAUGCUAUCUCAUUUAAGAAAAGAAGUGCGUGCCCUACAAACUCAAGUGCAAUCUUUAAACAUAAAUUUGUUGUUAUUGACAUCCAAGUAUGAUAAACUAAAUCGAAGUUUAAAUCGAGCUUGGAUCCAAAGGUCUGAACGGUUUCUUGAAAAUAGAAGUCUGCAUGAUGUAAAAAAAUUAUUAAAAGGGGCAUCGUCAAUAUAUAAAACUAUUGAAAUAUUUGAUGGAAUUCGGAAUGUGACUAACGAAAAUUCAUAUAUCUACAAUAACAUAAUUCCGUAUUUAAAUUCAGUAAAAAAUUUAAAGGGUAAAUACAUGUUGCGUGACAACGCAUAUGGUACAAAUAAUGGAAAUAAUAUCGCAAUUCCCAAAUCAUUUACAAAAUUAGAAAAUAAUGAAGACAACAUAAAUGAUACUAAUUUACGUAUCGAAAGAGCAAUAUUAACAUUGAAAAAACAAAAUUUGACAGAAGAAGAAAUACGAUCGAAUCGUGGGAAAAUUAAUGAUGAUAAUAUAAAUGACGAUUACUAUAGUGACGUCAACUUAAAUAUGUGGAGAGAACCCCGUUCCAGAAGAUCGCGGAGGGAGGAGGGAAGAAGUAAAAAACGGGGAAAGAACAAAAGGCGGCCCAAACGCAGUCACAGGCGAUUGGGACCCUUAGUAGCAACAUUUGUUGGAGCAAUUCCUGAGCAACAUAUUACAGAUACAGUUUACAUUGGACCAUGGGUUAAAAGUUCUAAAAACAACACACAAUAUAAUUUAAAUAAAUUCCAUCUAGUAGAAGAUAAAAAAUCUAUUGAAGUUACAGCACCUGGUUUAUACAUGAUUUCUGCACAGAUUUUUUAUUUUGGUGAACCAACAAAUUAUUCAUAUUGGAUACUUUUAAGUUCAGAGGGUAAAUCCACUACACAAAAGCUUGUAAAAUGUUCUACAGCCUCUUCCACAUCAGCCACAGAAGUGUCUUGUUACACAAGUGUAAUAACUCCAUUACAAAGGGGUGAUAGGGUUCAUAUUCAACAACAAGAAAGAGAUAGAUUAAUAAAUAUGCGUGAAGGACAUAGUUAUAUACAGUUGGUGCUUCUCUCUAAUACUAUUUGUAAAAGACAUUUACGAUAA